CAAGCUGACAAGGCAAGCGAUGCGUCCGGUCGAUGCAGGACGGUAAACAUUGCAUCCGAAAAUAAGUUUAUAGUGCAAAAUCAAUGACGCAUAUGUUGAAUUUAGAGGAACAAAUGACCGGGCUGAAGCGGAAGUCAUCAGACCUGCCUGGUGAUCAGCCACCACCAAAGUUACUGAAGCAAACAACCAGUACAACUUUAGAUACAGCAGUUGAGAAAGAGUCUGACAUUGAUAGUCUCCCUCCUCCUGUGUUGGAAAAGGCAGAUACUUAUGAAGAGGAUAGACCAAAGGCUGUGCCUUAUGGAAUCAAAGCAAAUGACAAUGGAUCAGACAGUUCAACACCGCCCCCAGUUUUGCCAAGAUUUCCAACAUUACAGCCCACAAAACUAAUGUCUGCUGACAAGUAUUUUGGGUUCGACAUUCCGAGUGAUAGUGAUGACGAAGAUGACACCAUAAGAAAAAUAGCUGAAUCAAUCAGUGUAGGAGAAGAUUCAGUAGACAGUAUCUCAUCCGUUAAACCUAAAAUGUCUUCUAUGGGAACAAAUACACCUUAUGAUAAUGAGAGGUCUACCAGUAAAAAAUAUGUAAAUUUAAAAAGAGCAGAUACUUUAACUAUAUCAGAUAGUAAUGGGUCAAAUGGGGAAGAAAAGAAAGCUAAAUUGAUUAAAAAAGGCAUUAUUAAAAAAGUAAUGUCACCUAAAAAGAGUUUACAGUCAAAGAAAAGUGUUACCAUCAAGAAAGAAAAGUCAGUUAUAUUGAAUUUAUUAGAGUCACUUAGAACAGUUCAGAAAAUGCCUUCAGGUGCUACUAUAGAAAAAAUAAUGAAAUUUGGUAAUGAGGAAGUUAUAAAUUUACCAUCGGAUAGAUCACUUACAGUUUAUGAAUUUGAUGAUGAAAAAUUUACAUCUAUCACCUCAAGUAAUCUUUUACAGAGACCUUCACUGCAGGUAGUUUCAGACACUUUAAAAUCAGUAGAAGAUGAGGCACCUGCAGAUAGCUCAGCUUUACCAAAACUUGAAUGUGUUUCUAGUGAAGAGCUAUCAGCAGAUGAACUUUCAGAUUCAGAGACAAACAAUUCAGCUCCAGUCCUUCAAAAAAUGUGUAUUACUUCUCCCACCAAAUCACCUAAAAAAUUCAUUCACGGUGGAAUUAGGGAAAUAGUUUUUUCAUUUGACACAACUGGCUCUAUGUACAGUUAUAUGGAGGAAACAAAAGAAAAAUUGCGAGAAAUUGUUGAACGUUUGAAAAUAGAUAUCCCAGGUGUUCGUUUAGCGUUUGUAGCUCAUGGGGACUAUUAUGAUUUAAAGAAUGAUAGAUAUUUGAUUAAAUGGCUAGAUUUUGGUGCAACUAUAGAUGAAAUAUGUAAUUUUUUUGAAUACUUACCAAUUACUCAUGGUGGUGAUGCAGAUGAAUGUUACGAAUUAGUUUUAAGGAAAGUACGGGAAUCUUUAUCAUGGACAACAGGAAGUCAGCGAUGCUUAGUAAUGAUUGGAGAUUCAGAUCCUCAUGAACCAGGAUAUCAGUUUGAAGAUUUCAAGAACGAUAUUGAUUGGAAAGAAGAGACGAAAAAAUUAAAUGAAAUGGGAGUCAGAAUUUAUGGAAUGCAGGUUGGUUAUAGAUCAGAUUUCUAUAGACAGAUAUCACAGACCACAGGUGGUGCUCAUCUACGUUUGGAAUCAGCUAAUCUUACUCCUGAUAUGGUUAUGUCAGUCUGCUUACGUGAAGGCAAUCUUAAACUUCUUAAGACUUAUGAAGCAGAAGUAAUGAAAAGACCAGAAUACAAAACUGGAUUAGAUUUAGAAUUAGCAAGACUGUUCAGUUCAUUAAAAAAUGUAGCAGAUAAUAUUGCCAUGAAAUUCAAAAAGAACAUAAUAGAAGGAAGUACAGAAAAUGGAAAGAAAGCGAUUAAAAGAGAAAAUACGUCCACGACAGAGUCACCUGGUACUAAAAUAGCCAAAAUGGCAAAGAAGGCAUUAGCUGAAGAUGGGAAGGUUACGAAGAAAGUUAAAACAUUGUCACCUGAAAGAAAGCAAUCAACAUCAGACAAAAUUGCUAAGAAUUUGAUUAAAAAGGCAAUAAAAGGAACUAAAGAAAAGAAGAAAACAGCCUUAACUAAAGAGAAAAAGAAAAUUUCACUAAAAAGUACAAAAAAAUCUGGUGUUAAAAAUAUUAAAGAGAAAAAGAAAACAGCUGCAAAAUUAACUAAAAAGCCUGUUGUAAAGAAAGAUAUGAAAAAGAAACCAACAAAACCAGGGGUUGCAGGAAAAAAGGCCAAAAUUGUGUUAGGUUCUAAAGUUCAAAAAACUAUUUCUAAAGGAAAACAGACUGCAACUAAAGUUAAAGCAAAGUCUGUUAUGAAAGCAAUAUUGAAAUCAAAGACAGUCAAACCCUCAAAGAAAACACUUUCAAUUAGACCAAAUACAAAGUUAAAAGCUAAAAAUACAGCUGCAAAGAAGGUUAUAAAGAAUAAAACUAUUACUAAAGGAACUUUAAAGAAAGAUCCUAAAAAUAAAACACUAGGUAAAGUGAAGUCUAAAGAAACACCUGCAAAGAAAACUGUAAAGAUGAAAGUAAAAACUCUGGAAAUAAAGAAGAAAGAACAAAAGAAAUUAGUUGAAAAGAAAAAGGAUGCUUCAAAACAAAAAACUGAAAAGAAAGCAAAAAAAAGUUCCCCCGAGAAGAAAAAAACUAAACCACAAGAGAAGAAAGCAACAAAAAAAAAGAAUGACGAAAAAGAAAAGAAGUCUGUGGCAAAGACUAGCAAGAAGACAGAAACAAAGAAAUCCACUGAACAACCCAUCAAGGUUAAAAAACCAAAGAAUUUACAGCCAAGAGAAAUUGCCAGUAUAGCCAAGUUUGUGACUGGACCUUUAAGUUGUUUAUCCUGGGAACAGUGGACUCCACUGAUUGCUCAUGAGAAACCAAGGAGUGGAAAUUGGUCUAAAGGGAAAGGUGGAUGUCCAGGAUAUUGUAAUUCAGACAUUGAUAAAGACAAAGACUCUGUGCUUGUCAUGUACGAGUUUGCAGUAUCACCUCCUGACAGUUCAAAGAAAUACCCAGUUUAUUUUUAUGCACAGAAUGAAAAUGUAUGGGAAUUUUGCAAAGAUAAAUAUAUUCAGAGAGAACUAGAACGUGUGAUCAAAUCCAAAGGGUCAGUUAGUGUUCGUAAAGGAACGGUCAAUAAGAACGAUGAAACCUUGUUCUUAAAAACUGUAGAACAUGUUAGAAAUAUGUUUGAUUAUGCAUGGAACAGUAAUGCUUCUAAAGACACAGCUAGAAAGGAUGACUUGGUUAAAGAAGGAUUCAUUAUAGCUAAAGUGUGAUAACGGAUUUAUAUCAAGUCAUCACUGUUCUUAUUCCAUGUAUAUGUAAUUCCAUAGUGUUUCAAAAACUUAGUAUUUGCAAGAAAUAUCUCCCUUUGGAUAUACAAAUUGUACAUAAUUGUGAUCAAUUGGUAUUUAGAAAAGUGAAAAUUUAUUAUAAAAAAUACUUUUGCUAAAUUUAAGGCUUUUUUUUUAGAAACAAGAUUUGAAAAAAUCCUAGCUUUUCUGAUCCUUCUUUCUCUUUUCAUGUAUGGUCUCUUUUUUAUACCUGAAGUUCUGAUAGGUAAUCUUUCCAAUUUUAAGAAGGCAUCCAUGUUUUAUUUGAAAAUGUCGGUGGUGACCCUUAGAAGUUGAGUGUUUAUUUUGUUCGACUUGAGCUUACUAAAAGGGAAAUAACUUGUACUUGACAGCUACUUCGGAUAACAGAAGGUUUUAUAACUUAUAUAUUUGGAUUGGUUUCCAAGAUAAGAAAUUUUUUAAACUUACAAGUGAUUAUUUUUGUUUUACUCAUUGCUCUACUUUUAUGUAGCAUGAGGCCUAUAUAAAGACACAGGAAUUGUACAAGUGCUACAUUUUUUCAUCUUCAUGUGAUUAGAUCCAAGAAUUGGUGCUUUAUCUCAUACAGAGUAAAUGCAUUUUAUAAUACCAUAUACAUUUUUUAUAUGGCCACAAAAAUUGUAUAAAAGUUAUCUUCUAUAGCAGGCUAUGUUUUUUUUUUAUUUUCUUUUUAAAGAUCAUGCAGAAAUAAAAAAGGAGAUAUAAGUAAAUGCAAACAUUAACUCAAAAUAAAUGAAACAGUUGUUAUCAAUGUACAGUUGUAUAGUCAUUUAAUAGAUCAAAUGGUUUGUAAUGUAAUUUGGACUAUAUAUUACAAAUAAGACAAAGGGUCUUAGAAACACUAAAAAAAUGCAUAAAUGUAAAUAUACUGCAUAAUGGUGAUUCAUUUAAAAGUCAUUCUUGCUGGUGUCGUGGGUUUAGAAAAAUCAGUAUAGAAACCAGGUGAUUGCUAGUGAAAGGAUAUGACACUCUGGGAUACAAUUUGUUUUCACAGAAUACUAAUGUUCUAAACAGACCUGUAUAUUUCAGGAUGAUUCAAUACAUUCCCAAGAAUACAAUGCACAUUGUCACCAGCAAAUGUGAUUUUAAGCUUCUCUGACCUGUAAACUAAGAGGACCUGUCACAUUUAGGUUUUUUCCUGUACAAUUUAAAAAAAUCUUCCUUAACUGAAUCUUGGCCAAAGGAGUCUUUAUUUAAAAUUCUAUCCACUCCCUUGCCCAUUCCCAUAAUUAAAAUUGUCUUUCUUUAAAUUCAUACUUAUUUUUAAUGUUCUAUUAAAUGGAUAAGAAAAUUUAAUUAAAAAUUCCUGCAAAGGCCAAACUGUUAACUUAUCAUGCUUAUUAUUAUACCCCCGCUUUAAAAAAGUGGGGGUAUACUGUUUUACCUCUGUCUGUCCUUCCGUCAGUCCAUUCAUCCAUCAGUCCAUCCGUCAGUCCGUCCGUCCCAUGAAUAUUUUCGUCGCAUUUUUCUCAGGAACUAAUCGACAAGGAUUUCUGAAAUUUGGUUUCAGGGUAUAUAUAAGUAAGUUACACCGCGUUUUCAGAUUCAUCACUCAACAACUUCCUGUUUACCGAACACUUGUAUUAUUUUACACAUGAUAGCCAAGUUGAAAAUUUUCGUCACAUUUUUCUCAGGAACUACUUGACAAGGAUUUCUGAAAUUUGGUUUCAGGGUUUAUAAAAGUAAGUUACACCGUGUGAUGCGUUUUCAGAUUCAUCACUCAACAACUUCCUGUUUAUCGAACACUUGUAUUAUUUUACACAUGAUAGCCAAGUUGAAAAUUUUCGUCACAUUUUUUCAGGAACUACUUGACAAGGAUUUUUGAAAUUUGGUUUCAUUGUUUAUAUAGGUCAGCUAUACCGUGUGAUGCAUUUUCAGAUUCAUCACUCAACAACUUCCUGUUUACCAAAAUAUUUCGGCGGGGGUAUCAUCAGUGAGCAGUAGCUCACAGUUUUACUUGUAUUGGAAAUUUAUUUAAGAAUAGAAUGCUUCUUUUUGUAAAUUUAUUGGGGUGUAAAAGCGUUGACCGAAGUACAUUUUGUAUGAAGCGCUGAAGUGCUUCAUUCUAAAAAUGUACGCACGGUCGACACUUUUACAACCCUAUAAAAAUGCUUAAAGAAGUAUUCAAUACUUAUAAUUACAUUUUUUAUAGGAUCAUGAAAACACGAUUUCUAUCAAGUUUUUAUACGACCGCAAACAAAUUUUUGUGGUCGUAUAUUGGUAUGACGUCGGCGUCGUCGUAGUCCGAAGACACAUUAGUUUUCACACUCUAACUUUAGUUUAAGUGAAUGGAUCUCAAUGAAAUUUUACCAUAAGGUUCAAUACCACAAAAGGAAGGUGGGGAUUGAUUUUGGGGGUUAUGGUACCAACAGUUAAGGAAUUAGGGGCCAAAAAAAGCAUUUUUGUAACUUCCAGACAUAACUUGUGUGUUAGUUUAUGGAUCUCUCUGACAUUGUACCACAAGGUUCCAUAUCACAAAGGGAAUGCUGGGAUUGAUUUUGGGGGUAAUUGCCUCCAAAUUUUAGGAAUUAGGGGCCAAAAAGGGGCAAAAAACAAGCAUUUUUCUUGUUUCAUGACAAUAACUUGUGUGUAAGUGUAUGGAUCUCUCUGACAUUGUAUCACAAGGUUCCAUAACACAAAGGGAAUGCUGGGAUUGAUUUUGGGGGUAAUUGCCUCCAUAUUUUAGGAAUUAGGGGCCAAAAAGGGGCAAAAAACAAGCAUAUUUCUAGUUUCAUGACAAUUACUUGUGUGUAAGUGUAUGGAUCUUUAUGAAAUUGUACAACAAGGUUCCAUAUCACAAAGGGAAAGCUGGGAUUGAGUUUGGGGGUAAUUGCCCUAAAAGUUUAGGAAUAAGGGGCCGAAAAGGGGCCAAAAAUUAGCAUUUUUCUAGUUUCCAGACAAUAACUUGUGUUCAAGUGUAUGGAUCUCUCUGAAAUUGUACUGCAAUGUACCAUACCACAAAGGGAAGGCUGGUAUUGAUUUUGGGGGUAAUUCCCUCAAAAUUUUAGUAAUAAGGGCCAUAAAAGGGCAAAAAAACAAGCAUUUUUCUAGUUUCAGGACAAUAACUUGUGUGUAAGUGUAUGAAUCUUUAUGAAAUUGACAUCAAGGUUCCAUAUCACAAAGGGAAAGCUGGGUUUGAGUUUAGGGGUAAUUGCCCUAAACGUUUAGGAAUUUGGGGCCAAAAAGAGGCCAUAAAACAAGCAUUUUUCCAGUUUCCAGACAAUAACUUGUGUUCAAGUUUAUGGAUCUCUCUGAAAUUGUACUGCAAGGUACCAUACCACAAAGAGAAGGCUGGGAUUGAGUUUGGGGUUGAUGAAUCAUAAGGGGGUUCAAAAAAUUUGGGGGAGGGGGAUUUUUUUUUCAUUUUUUUUCUUUAAAAUUUUCCAUUUUAAAUUGGUUAUUUCUGAUUUAUAUAUAAAAGCAAAUAAUAAUGAUAUGGUUUGAAUCAGUAAAUUAAAAUUUUUUAAGUUUUUAGACCACUUUCAUUCUGUGUCAGAAACCUAUGCUGUGUCAAAUAUUUAAUUACAAUCCAAAUUCAGUGCUGUAUCAAGCUUGAAUGUUGUGUCCAUACUUGCCCCAACUGUUUAGGGUUCGACCUCUGCGGUCAUAUCAAGCUGCGCCCCAGCCGAGCAUUUUAUUAUUUCAUUUACCAGUGCACUUUAUUGUGGAAGCUCGUGUCAUCAUGAAUGUUACAUUUCAUUUGGAAAUGAAGGUUGAUUUCAGAAUGACGCAAGCUUGCUGUUAGCCAAUCAAAAUAACGUAUUAUAAUGAAACAUACAUGUAAUAUAAUUAUACUUACAUGAUGCCUUUAAGAAUUAUAACUGAUUAUUUGAACUGUCAGUUUCUAAAAUGAUCAAAUUUAUUCACAUUAUAUUUUGAAUUAUUUAUUAUGACUUGAUCACAACCAAACAUUGUGCAAAUUGUACCUUUGUAAUCCUCCUUGAUAGUUAGGUGAAUGGCACCAAUGACCAUGGUAGGGCAGUGUUAUCUCUAUAUAUAUAUAUAGCAUUGGGGUUUUAGCAUCAUGGUAAUCUGAUGCUUUCUUGAAUGCAAUGCUAUAGGAAAUGACUUUCUCAUAGAUUGGGUUAUUGAUGUGAUGCUAUAAUAUCUAGAAACAAGAUGGUGUUUAAACAUUCCCUGUUUUCCAGGAAUAUGAAAAUUAUGGGGAGAACAUUAAUGAAAAAUUAUGAAUUAUGGUGUAACAAUUCAUUGGUGCUGCCACCUUUACUAAACUUGGGAUACCAAGAUAUGUAUAUCUUGCAUAUAGUAUGACAAUCAUAUUUUGUCUGUAAAUGUUAAACUGUAUAGGUACUUUUUUUUUGCAGUGCAUUUAUUUUCUCUUAUUUUGCAGUAGGUGUAAUUUCCUGAUAAUAAAUACAUGUACACAUAAAUACUUAUGCUGUUUACCUACAUGUGAAAAAAGGGUAUAAAUUAUUAUUACCUGAAAAUAUAAUUGAACAUGCAUGUUUACAGGCCCAGACCUGCAACUGUUAUGAACCAUUAAACAUCAAAGAAACCGUUUCAAGAUAAGAAUAAAAAAUGAUGAUCCAAGCCAAGCAAACACUUUAAUUAUAUAAUUAAUAGCCUAUUUAGACAAUACCUUUAUCUUAACAUCUAAAAGACAACUGAUCUCAUGAUUGAAUCAUCACAAUUUUGAAACACUACCAUACCUACUGACACAUGGACUUAAAUUUACGCAUUAUUAACAUCAUGAUAAAUCUCUAAUGGCUGACAAAAGUUCUUAAUUUGAACUUGUGUACACUUAAAAAAAGUCUGUUUGUUGAUAUUGUUUUGUUAUCUCAAAAAAAAUAAAUACACUUGUUUUGUAAAUCACUUUAAAAUAUACAUGCACAAAAAAUUAUAAAUACAGUGCUUUAUUUAGGUUUCUUUAUGUACAUGUAUUACUUUAAUCAUCAUUCAAAGUAAUAUUUAGUUCUAAUUUAUAGGAUGUAAAAUAAGGAAUUAUCAUAUUACUUGUUUCAAUUCAAGUAGGAAUACUGUAUUUUGUUGCAUAAAAAAUACUUUUCAGUUGUAUUAGUAUGACUUAAUUUCUGUGUCUUUUGGUCUCUUGUGGAGAGUUGUCUCAUUAGCAAUCAUACCACAUCUUCUUAUUUUUAUAUUGAUUAGUAUCUUUGAAGUAUUAAUGCUUUAUUCACUUUAAAGUGAGUAAUUUAUUUUUAAAUCAACUGGAUAGUAAGAAUUUAUUCAACAGAAUAGGAACUUCAACCUCUUUUUUUCAAAUCUAAACUGAGUUUAUAGGUCUGUCUUUCUAAUUUAAAAAAAAUAUGUUUCACUACCUUAAACUUAUAGACAAAUCAAACUCCGCUAAAGAUACUGUGAGCUCUGUCUUUCCUGAACCGUGCAUAAAUCAGAAAGCUGUUACAACUGAACUAUUGCAUUAUAAAGUAGAAUUAAUUCCCUUUGAAUACUGUUUCCUUAUAAAUGGGGGUUCAUGAUUUGACAAGUUUAGAGUAUACAGUUCAUUUCCAUUUUUAUAAGAAUAUUAUACCAAUUAAAUCCAUUGUGAUCUAGUUCCACAGCUUCAAAUAACAUUAAAUGCUCACACAGAAUGGAAUAUUCUCUUUUGCAAUGAUUUCAAUAAGGGCUUGUAGAUUUGUAGACAUGG